AUGAACACACAUUGUAUUCACUUAAGGUUGUUAGUUGUAUUUUAUAAUACCUCUGAAGCCAUAAGCAACAGAGAAGGCUCCGGAAGAAGCUACAACGUCAGUGUAUUCGUCGCAAAUAUGCUCAGUUACGGGAGUCUGGUGAACAAUCAGGUAUGUGUUUACAUUUGUUCCCAUAAACAUGUAUUCUUCCAAAAAAAAUUGUCCUUUCUUUUCCAAGAGAUUACUGAAGAGGAGGAGGCUCGAAUUCGUGCAGAAGAGGAAUUAGAAAAGCAGAGGCAUGAUGAAGAGGAACAAAAGUGGCUAGAGCGGGAAAGAAUUGCGCAAGAACUCUUUAUGCAAAAGAAGGCGCUUGAGGAAUCCAAGAGACAAAGUAAAUCUUUGGAAGAGAUAGUAGAAACUCCGAAGGAAGGAACAGAAGAGGAACCACAGCUAAGUGAGGAUAUCCAGAGCAAUCUCCUGCAGCGUCUUCGAGACGGGGUAGAAGAGAUUUCCGAGAAUCUACCCCCUUAUCAUCGCCCUGAGCCACCCCUUGAUAAUCACUUCGCUCCUCCUUAUGAGCACACCUUAAAGAACACGGAACUUUGUGGUUUCUUUUGGAAGACUGGAGCUUGUAUCUACGGUGACAGAUGCUCCCGUUUCCACCCAACUCCCCCGAUAGAAUCAGCUGACCUUAAAGUUCUUCAGUCAUCUUUCUAUCCUCCUUGCCUUGUUUUAAUUUUGGAGAACAUGUUUGACAACUUCUCUCUCCGUUAUGAUCCUCUAGAAGUGGAUGAAUCUCAACUUCAAGCUGAAUACGAAGAUUUUUAUGAUGACGUGCGUCCGGAGCUAGAAUCUACAUGUGGUGGGAUCACCGCUCUCCGUUGCUGUCGUAAUGCUGCUGACCACCUUAGGGGUAACGUCUAUGUUCAACUUACGGGUGACACUGCUAUGGCGAUUGCGGCUGCGACGCGUCUCAAUGGCCGGUGGUACGCUGGAAGACAAAUCAUAACACGAUUAGCAUAUCUGGGAGGCGGUUGGAAGGCUGCGGUUUGCGGCCUGUACUUGCGUGAUUUAUGUCCUAAGGGCGACAGGAGGUGCAACUUUUUGCACCUCUUUCUUAAUCCGCACGAAUCUUCGGGGGAUCUACUGGCGGCCUUGAAUCGUGGAAUUGCUGAGUUGCCGUCACGAAAGAAGGAAACUAAAAGGUUUGUAGCCUACAUGCUAGUGGGUUGUGUGACUUCUGAGUCUGUUAGUCAAAUUGCUUUUGUCAUUCCUCCUUUCCCGCACUAUAGAUCCUCACGCGGGAGAAGUCGGGAUAAGGAUAAGAGUUUGGUUAAUCGUCGACGAAAAAGGCGGCGAUCUUCCUCACCUCAUAGUGGUUCGAGAAAGAGGCAUCGACGUCGACAUAAGGAACGUCAUCAUCGCCGAAAAAGGGACAAGCAUGUGUCAAGAUCUCGAGAAAGACCAUCAUCUACCUCAUCCUAG